AACACAAAUUAUCCUUAAGUAAGAUCAUUGUUUCCCUUCGUAGUAUAAUAAACUAAAGAAUAAAAGAAAAAUCGGAAACCGUUACCGAAAAUACAAAAAUGUUGGAGCAUCUUUUCAAAUCGAUUUUUAAAACGUCUCCGCUAAGAAUAAAUUUCUUAUUGAUUACUGCUUUAAUAAAUUCUAUAGCAAAUGCACAACAAGCACCAAACAUUGUACUUUUUCUUAGUGAUGAUCAAGAUUUGUAUUUACAUGGCAUGAAACCAAUGCAUCAAACUCAGCGUUUGAUCGGUGCGAGAGGGACAACUCUUACUAAUGCGUUUACUACUUCGCCACUUUGUUGUCCAUCGAGAGCGAGUCUCUUGUCUGGCAUGUAUGCUCAUAAUCAUCGUACUUUCAAUAAUUCGGUAAGAGGUGGUUGCAAUGACAUGCAUUGGCUUAAACAUAUUGAACCUCAAGCUCUUCCUGUUUUGUUGCAAGGGAAAGGAUACGAUACAUUUUUUGCCGGGAAAUAUUUAAACGAGUAUAUGGGUAGGGAAGUGCCACCUGGUUGGAAAGAGUUUUAUGGUUUGCACGGUAACUCGCGCUAUUAUAACUACACACUGAGGGAAAAUGCUCACAAUAAAACCUAUGGAUACGUUUAUUUAACGGAUUUGCUUAGAAAGCGAGCAUUAAAGUUUAUUAAUGAACGCGUUAACAGUAGUAAACCGUUUUUCCUAAUGCUUGCACCACCGGCUCCACAUCAACCCUUCACACCGGCUGAGAGGCAUCAAGGACUCUUUGAUGGAAUUACGGCACUAAAAACGCCAAAUUUUAAUAAAGUUUUUAAAGAUAAGCACUGGUUGUUGGCAAACUUUGAAAAAAUUCCCAAUAUAACAUUAGACUUAAUGGAUAUUUACUUUCAAAAGCGAUGGGAAUCCUUAUUGGCUGUAGAUGAAAUGGUAGCUGCUGUUAUCAAACGCCUGGUUAGACAGAAUCAAUUGGAAAACACUUAUAUAAUUUAUACAUCGGAUAAUGGAUAUCAUAUAGGACAGUUUGCUCAGCCGUUUGAUAAACGACAACCCUAUGAAACAGACAUAAGGGUACCAUUACUGAUACGUGGGCCACAAAUUUCCGCUGGCACCGUUGUAAAUGCCGUGGCAGGUCUUAUUGACCUAGCGCCUACAAUUUUGGAAUGGGCAAACAUUCCCCAUCCAGCUCGCAUGGAUGGACAAUCGUUGCAACCAUUUCUUGUUAAUAGUGAUAUAUAUGAUGCUUCUAUGGAUAAAACCUAUCGACGAAGUUUACUUAUACAACAUCACGGCGAGGGCACCGUAGAUACUUACAACCCGUCUUGCCCCUGGGGACGUAACGAUCGCCUUUACGAAUGCAAUUCGGAAGCAGCUUGUCAUUGCCAAGAUGCAUGGAAUAAUACGUAUUCAUGUGUGCGUCACUUCAGCUAUCAAGUUAAUCGUUUAUACUGCGAGUUCAGUGACAGGGAGAGUUUUGUGGAAGCAUACGAUGUGGACAAGGACAUCUAUCAAAUGAAUAAUAAUGUAAAUGAAUGGCUGCCGAUUGAAAGGGGUCUUUACAGUCUGGCGUUGGCUAAUUUAACUAGAUGUGCGGGGGCAGCAUCCUGUGCGGACAUUAUUUUAAAGUAAAGAAAGGGCAUUCGACCUACUCUUGCAAGCGCAUCAGUAAAUCAAUAGGAAAUAAUUUUACCCACUACUCGAACGAUUCCACAUCAAUAUCUAAAAUAAAUGGUAAUCUAUAAAUAGGAAUAUAUUAAAAAUUUAGAUAUCUUUAAAAAACUUUUUAGUCCCUUUUCCCAUUUAAUUUAAGAAGCUAUCUUAAGAAUAUACGCAUUCUUUCUUGUAAAUUCCCUUUUGAUAAACUACUUCCAUAAAAUUUUUGAUAGUUAUCUGAGGUAUUUCAAACCUAUUGAGCACAGAUUAAAUCCAUUCCGAGGAAAAUAGUCAAGUUUGCAGUAUUAAGAGUAAUAAGGACAGAAGGACAGAGGAAUAGAGUGAUAGAACUGUAUUUAACUCGAACUAGGCACUAAUCACUUUUUUUAAUAUUAUCAAUUUUAUAACGAAACUGUUAUACAUUCCUCUGGAUAAAUUCUAUUAUAAAUUAUUAUAAGUUAAUUGUUGAAUAAAUAAUAAAUGUAGUAGUUUUUCUUGUUUUCAAAUUUUUAUUUUCAAACGUUAACUUAUCAUUUAAAUGAUAGUAAAACCAUAUCAGUGCUUUGAAAUAUUUGAUAUUUGUGUAACAUGACGUGUGUGUAAAUUUAAAAAAAAAAAAAAAAAAUUAAACUUCAAUUCAAUGUUAAAGACAUUUGUAGUUUAUCUAUUAAUCUAAAUUAUUUCUUAACAUAUAUAAUUAACAUUUACAUAAUGUACAUAAUGUAACUUAAUCGACUUGUUGUGGCAGAUAGUUAUUAACCCAUUCGAGACCGAUUACAUUCUGUGCUAUGAACAAUUAUCAGUCAUUCUGAGUAAAGUAGUCGUCGAGAUGAAACUAUCUUUUGAUUUAAAAAUAUCUGUGAAAUAUAGAAAAACAAAAUUUGGCAUAGGUUUCAACUUAGACCAUAAAACGGCACAU